AUGAUUGGCGGGUUAUUCGUUUACAAUCACAAAGGAGAGGUGCUCAUCUCAAGGAUUUAUCGAGAUGAUGUCAACCGCAAUGCUGUUGAUGCGUUUCGAGUGAAUGUGAUCCAUGCAAGACAACAGGUUCGAUCCCCAGUGACGAACAUGGCGCGGACAUCAUUCUUCCAUGUGAAACGGGGAAAUGUUUGGGUGUGUGCGGUUAGCAAGCAAAAUGUCAAUGCGGCUAUGGUCUUCGAGUUUCUCAAUCGUUUCGCCGACACCAUGCAAUCGUAUUUCGGGAAACUCAACGAGGAAAACGUCAAGAACAACUUUGUCCUCAUUUAUGAACUCUUAGAUGAGAUCCUCGAUUUCGGCUACCCGCAAAACACGGAUCCGGGUGUCCUGAAGACUUUCAUCACCCAACAAGGAGUCCGCACAGCAGCACCGGUGCCAGUGACAAAAGAAGAACAGUCACAAAUCACGUCACAAGUCACCGGACAAAUCGGAUGGAGAAGAGAGGGAAUCAAGUACAGAAGGAAUGAACUGUUCUUGGAUGUGAUCGAAUAUGUGAAUUUGUUGAUGAGUCAACAAGGUCAAGUUCUUUCUGCGCACGUUGCUGGCAAAGUUGCGAUGAAGAGCUAUCUCUCUGGAAUGCCGGAAUGCAAAUUUGGAAUCAACGACAAGAUCACAAUUGAGGGAAAGAAUCGCUCCGGCACCGAUGAUCCGAAUAAAGCAUCUCGAGCUUCUGUUGCCAUUGAUGAUUGUCAAUUUCAUCAGUGUGUCAAGUUAAACAAAUUCGACACUGAACACGCGAUUUCUUUUAUUCCUCCCGAUGGAGAAUAUGAGCUAAUGAGAUAUCGAACCACUAAAGACAUUCAAUUGCCAUUCCGAGUGAUUCCAUUAGUCAGAGAAACGUCCAGAAAUAAAAUGGAGGUCAAGGUUGUUGUCAAAUCGAACUUCAAACCGUCACUUCUCGCGCAGAAGAUCGAGGUUCGAAUCCCGACCCCACCACACACAAGUGGAGUGCAAUUGAUUUGCAUGAAGGGUAAAGCCAAGUACAAGGCUGGGGAAAAUGCGAUUGUUUGGAAAAUCAAGCGAAUGGGCGGCAUGAAGGAGUCUCAAAUUUCGGCCGAAAUCGAUCUUCUUAGCACGGGAAAUGUGGAGAAAAAGAAAUGGAAUCGGCCACCAGUUAGCAUGAAUUUCGAGGUUCCAUUCGCUCCAUCCGGCCUCAAGGUGCGCUACCUGAAAGUGUUUGAGCCAAAGUUGAACUAUUCUGAUCAUGACGUCAUCAAGUGGGUUCGAUACAUUGGACGCUCUGGCCUUUACGAAACACGGUGC